AAAAUGUCUAAUAGCGAUACACUUACUGGUUGGGCUUCUGUUGGCAAGGGCAAGCCACUUGUACAAAUGCAAUUCCCAAUGAAGACUUGGGAUGAAAAUACUGUCGAGAUGGACAUCACUCACUGUGGUGUCUGUGGUAGUGAUAUUCACACUAUUGACUCUGGCUGGGGACCUACUGACUAUCCAAUUGUUGUUGGCCAUGAGAUUACUGGCGUUGUCACAAGAGUAGGAAAGAACGUGACAAGAGUCAAGGUUGGUGAUCGUGCUGGUAUGGGUGCUAUGUGUGGUGCAUGUGGACAAUGCCACCGUUGCAGCCAAGGAGCUGAAAACACUUGUUUGAAAGGAGGAAUCGGUACCUAUAACUCUCACUGGCCAACGGGUGAAAAGACUUGCGGUGGGUAUGCUGACAAGUGGCGUGGCGAUCAAAUGUUGGUUUGCAAGAUCCCUGAUAAUGUUUCCAACGAAAAUGCUGCUAGUUUCUUGUGUGGAGGUGUAACAACCUAUGCUCCCCUCAAACGAUGGAAGGUCGGUCCUGGUUCUACCUUGGGUGUUUUGGGCAUUGGUGGUCUUGGUCACUUUGCAGUCAUGUUUGGUAAAGCAUUAGGCGCUAACGUGAUUGCUUUGUCAUCCAGCAACAGAAAGCGCGAUGAUGCCAUUAAACUCGGAUGUGAUGACUAUGUUGUCACAAGCAAUGCUGAAGAAAUGGCAAAGUAUGCAAACAAGUUGACACAUAUCAUCUGUACUGGUGUAGGAGAAGACUUCAAAUGGGAGACUUACUUUAACCUCUUGCUUCCUGAUGGUGUCUUUAUUAAUGUAAACGCUCCUGAAUUCCAAUACCCACCCGUUCCCGUCUUCCCUCAACUCAUGAAGCAACUUGUUGUUACUGGCUCUUUAGUUGGAGGUACCAAAGAUUUGGAUGAUAUGCUUCAAUUGAUCUCCGAAAAGAAUCUCAAGGCUUGGUACAAGAAAUAUCCAAUGUCAGAAGUUAACAAAGCCAUUGAAGACUUUAGAGCUGGAUUACCUAGAUUUAGAUUUGUAUUAGAAAACUAGGACAGUUGAUGUUUUU